AUGGCUGCCAAGUUUUCCAUGGCCAAUACCUCUGGACUGUUUGAUUCAGCAGCUCAUGUGGAAGCUUCAGAUCGAAUGCAAAAUGCAAUAGAAGAGCUAAAAGUAAAAAAGGAGCGUCAAGAAAAAACGCGCACAAAGCAAUUGGAACAAGAGGAAAAGGAGACAAAACAAUGGACUCUUCGAGUCGAAGAGGCAUUGGAGGCCAAAGCUGCAGAUCAGAAGGAAAAUCGUACUUAUGUGGGGAAAUAUAAAGAAGAAGAAGAAGAAGAAGAAGAAGAAGAGUUGGACUCUGAUGACGAGACAAUGGUGGAUGGUCUGGACAAAGAUCCAGAGCUCGAACGGAUACGUGCCAUGAGGUUAAAGGAGUUAAAGUUUGAGUAUGAAGAAACGCAAAAAUUAAUGGCUAAAGGUCAUGGAGAGUACCGAGAAAUUGUGCAAGAUGAGUUUCUAAAAGAGGUUACAAGCAGUCCAUUAGUAGCUGUGCAUUUCUAUCAUCGUGACUUUGAACGUUGCAAGAUCAUGGACAUGCAUCUUGCAAAAAUGGCUCCACGUCACAUGGAGUGCAAAUUUCUCAAGCUCAAUGCUGAGAAAGCUCCUUUUUUCGUUGAAAAGCUCGCGAUCCGAGUCUUGCCAUCCAUUGUGUGCUUUAAAGACGGUGUGGCUUUUCUCGAGCGGGUUAUUGGGUUUGAAGGCCUUUUGCAAGACGAGGAAGAAGUUGAAGUGAUGAAUUCUGGUAGUCGCUCAAACCAUCACGCCUCGUCAAUGAACGACUUUCCUACGACUGCUCUUGCCCGUAAACUAGUGGAGAUUGGUGCAAUUCAUGAACAUGACCUAGCCGACAAAUAG